UCACACACCAAUCCCACUUCUCCAUAGAACCCAUUUACACAAUCUUCCCUCUCCUUCUUCUUCUUCUUCUUAACAAGCUAAGAGAAAUGGCUUCUUCCAAGGCAGCCCUUGCACUCUUCCUCGCCCUCAACCUCCUCCUCUUCGCAUCCUCACCGGCCACCGCAACCGUGGGGGCGUGCGAUCCGGCCAACCUGAACGUCUGUGUCGACCUGCUGGAGUCGUUGCUUAAGAUAAGGCUCGGACCGCAGCCGGCGAGCCAGCCGUGCUGCAGCCUCAUCAAUGGGCUGGCUGACCUCGACGCCGCGCUUUGCGUCUGUGCUGCCCUUAAGGUUCCCAACAUCCUUGGGCUCGGAGGGCUCGUUAACGGCCUCAACAUUAACCUUGCUCUCUCCGUGCUGCUCAACCAAUGCGGCCACCAGGUCCCCGCCGGCUUCAUCUGCGCUUACUGAGUGAUCGGAGAAACUCGAUGAAGUCACUGUCACGUCCUUAUUUAUAGUACCUAUACGGCCUCGUCAGUGGCCUUUGUAGUAGUUGAUUACUUGAUUUCUAGCUCUCAUGAAUACGUACUUUCCGUUUUUACGUGCUGCUUUCAUGGCGUCGCAAUUAAGUAAGUAGUGAAACGCUGUUAGUUUCAUGAAGGUUGGAUGGAUGCAUGUAUAAGAUCAAUAAUGAUUGUUGUUUGAAUAAAGUGACUUCAUCGUU